AUGGAAACCUCUGAGUGUCUGAUGGCACAGGCUAAUCCACAACAACUCAUUUCACCCGAGAGGCUUCCAAACCACCAAGUAGGCUUCUCUGCCACUAAGACUCAAGCAACUGUGUUAGAUCCUGAGGAUAAUCCUACUAAUCACAACAUGUCCAAUCCUGAUGAGAUGAAAAAAAUCGAUAAUGAGAUCCCUAAGAACUUAAAAAAUUGGUGCAGAGCUACAUUCAAAGGAACGAGAGGACAAAGCUCUUAUAAUGAAAUGGAUGCAAGUGAACUAGUCAUGGUUCCUGACUUGGUGCUCCCGCCCAAAUUCAAAAUGCCCGAUUUUGAAAAAUAUUUAUCUAACACCACCACAACUCCUAAUGAAAAUAAAGAGAAAUCAUCAUCAUCAUCAAAAACCGAUUCUGAAGGGACACAAAACACUGGAGUUUCGCUACAGAGUUGUGGCAGUGGUGCUGGAAAACCUAUUCGUGGAACGGUAUUUCAUUUUUCAUUUUGGCUUCUACUUGUAGUAUUUCUACAUUCCUGCAUAUUUUGGUUGAAGACUCUACGUUUUGCUGCUGCAGAAAUAAGUAAUGCUUCAAAGGCAGUUAAAGAAGGGCCAACUGCUGGAAAAGCAGCCAUCGGGGGGCCAUUCAGUCUUAUAAAUGAUGAAGGCAAACGUGUUACUGAGAAGGACUUUAUGGGGAAGUGGAGUUUGAUAUAUUUUGGCUUCACUCACUGCCCAGAUAUCUGUCCAGAUGAGCUGCAAAAGCUAACUGCUGCUAUUGACAAAAUAAAGGAAAAGGCUGGAAUAGAAAUUUUGCCUGUAUUUAUCUCUGUUGAUCCUAAAAGAGAUACCGUUGAGCAAGUACAUGAAUACGUGAAUGAGUUUCACCCAAAAUUAGUAGGGUUAACUGGUAGCACUGAUGAGAUAAAGAAAGUUGCUCGUGCAUAUCGAGUUUAUUAUAUGAAGACAGCUGAGGUUGAUCAUUCUAUAGUCAUGUACUUGAUGGAUCCUAAUAUGGAAUUUGUAAAGUUUUUGGGGAAGAAUAACGAUGUUGAUUCACUGACCAACGGUGUGAUCAAAGAGAAAAACAAAAAACAUAGAG